AUGGCCGGAAAUAUUAAAGCAGAGCUAAGCACUCGCCUGUCCGCAUCCAAUGUGAUUGUGGAGGGCGAUGAGGCAUGGGAAGAUGCCCUCAAGCGGUGGACGAAGUAUCGAUCAAAAGUCCCUGCUGCAGUGAUUCAACCAACUAGCGAGGAGGAUGUGAUAACAGCGGUUUCUUAUGCCGUGCAAAGCGACAGACCGUUUGUGGUUAAAGGCGGAGGCCACAGCAAUGGAUUCUCGACUAUCGACAGUCCUGGGGUUGUGAUCGACCUUUCUAAGAUGCGUGAAGUCAAUGUUGACGUUGAGAACCUGCUGGUGACUGCGCAAGGAGGAGCAACCAUGGGCGAUGGAAUCAAGGCCGCCGGGGCAGCUGGGCUAGCUAUUGCUACUGGAACGUGCAACGAGGUGGGACUGAUUGGCGCCACGCUCGGAGGAGGCAUUGGCCGAUUCCUUGGGCUUUGGGGAUAUGCCAUAGACACUGUCGUCUCCAUGCGGGUCAUCGUGGUGGAUCAAAGCGGCACGGCCCGCGCAGUUGAAGCAUCACGCGAAUUCAACCAGGAUCUCUUCUGGGGACUGCGCGGUAGUGGUCAUCUAUUUGGAGUGGUGGUGCAGGCCACCUUUCGAGCACACCCGUGGCACCAUGAUACCUGGCACAGCUGUCUGGUCUUUAGUCCGGCGGAUGCAGGGAUCGUCGCAGAAGCAAUAGACCGCGUCCACUAUGAGGGAGGAAUGCAAGGUCGGCUGGUAUUCUGCGCACCAAAUAAACAGCCUGUCGUGCUUCUCCAGCUGUGGUAUGUUGGACCACCCGAGGAUGCCGCCAACAAGUUCGACACCCUCUUGUCGCUUCCCAGCAUGAAAAAACACCCAUUGAAUUAUGUUGGCCGUCUCAUUCCGUACUCGAAUCUCAACGAUUCCAGUGACCGCAUCUGCGGCUACGCUGGGCGAAAGAAUCUGGCAGCAUUCGGGAUGAAGUCCAUAUCUGCUGACUCGUGCACUGCUGCGCUCAGAGUGUACAUGAAUUUCAUCGACAGAUAUCCUGAUGCUGCCCAGACACACAUCUUGACUGAGUUCUAUGGCAUGGACGUGGCGAAACAGCUUGACUGCGACGGUCAGCAGACCUCUAUGACCAGAGAGGCUCGGCAAGAGGUCAAAUACUGGGUCAUGCCAUUGGCUUGGUACGAGGACCCUAAUCUGGAUGGACACUGUGCACGUCUUAAUCUGGACAUUCGCGAGGCAUUUUUGACCCAGUCAGGAGGUGAGCGUCUCAAUAGUGUAGGGUACGUUAAUAUGCCGUUUGAGGAUGAUACUGCACAUAGCAUUUUCGGCGAGGCAGAACGACUGGACAGACUUCGGGAGAUGAAGGCAAAAUGGGAUCCUCUGGGAGUAUUUCAAGGCUUGAUAAGGUUUUGGUGA